AUGCCUCAAAGACCUUCCCAAAAUACAACGCUCUCAAGAGUGGUGAGUUAUGAUGGAUCGCAAAUAUAUUCUCAAGAAGAAAGUGAAGCAAUGGAAACCAGCUCAACCUUUUCCACUCAAACACUGGCCUCAGGUUUUGUUCCUUUGGAUAUCGAGGCCGAACAUCCCGAAAUAACCAUGUCCAAUUUCUUGAAAGCUAAAGAUAUUGAUCAAAUGCAUCGUCUUAGAAGACUCCUCUCAAAGGAUUCAUUGCGUGAUUCCAAAUGCCAACAACUGUUACAAGAAGCAAUUGAUCGAGGUUUUGUUGCAGCAGAGAUCAGAGGGUUGAAAUCAAUGCCCGAACCUGAAGACGAUGAGUUCUAUCCUAUUCAAGCCUUAUGUAACGUAUUAUUGAACCCGUUUGUGAUUGAUGACGAACACCUUCGGUCUCGUGUAAUGAAAAAGGCACUCGCUUUAGAACCUUCACCUCAUGUGGAUACUCCAAAUUAUGCACUUCGUUUGUGUGCUUGUAUUGGUGCUCAAACCAAGUUCAUAGAUCCAAAGCUAAAGUUUCUUAUUAGAAACGUGAUUGAAUGCGAAAAAAGUGACUCAUUAUUGAGUAACAGAGCAAGUGUUUCGUAUGCUGCAGUGUACUUGAAAAAGGAUGAGGACUUGGAAGACGUCUGCUCACUCCUUUUCCAUCCACAAUAUUUGGUAAGACAAAAUAUUAAGGCUUGGAUUUUUAAGCAAUUGUAUGAGGACAUUAAGAAAUCAGAUGAGGAGUGGUCACAAGUAGUAACCACCCUCAGUAAAUAUAUCGACAAUGCCAAAAGCGUAAAACUAACAAGCGUAAAGGAAGAUUUUUUGAAGGAUUUAGCACAAUAUCGACAAGAAAAGUUGACCAUAGGUUAUUCGAAAAAGAAUCAAUACCAAAUGCUAAAUUUACCUAACAUUAUGGAUUUGCCAAAGAUGGAAGCUUGGAAACAGGCAGUGAAGAACCAAUUUGAAAAAUUAACUAGUGACAAGUUAGUUCCAGUUAGCGUCAUUGUAUCUCAAUUCCAUGCACCAAAAGAUGUAGUUGAACUUUAUGAUCUGGACGGAGAUGGAAAAUUGUCUGAGACAGAACUCGUUCAGCUGUCUUAUUUGAUGUCUUCAACUCACAAAUAA